AAAUGUUUUCUUAGUCUUCACGAUUUCAAUAUUUUGUUGACUGUUUGAUAUGAAUACUCCGAGUGUAAAAGAUCUACCGGAUGACGAUUCUCCAAAUCUCUACGCAGUGUUCAAUGUGUGGGAACCGCCCAGACGUUUGAGUCGGUCUACAAGUGAUAAAGAAAGAGGAGACAACAAAAAAUGCUUCCAUUGCCGUUUCCCACUACCGCUGCCAGAACAAAUCAUAAUUUUUAGUCUUGGAAAAUGGGAAGUGAAUUUCAAGGGACAGGAGAUAAUAGCAGAAGUAUCUCUUGAGGCAGAGACUCCACCUCAGAAAAUAGGCACACUAUCAUGCAGGAGUAAAGCACUUUGUUGGGAUGAGGGAUGGAAGACAAAGUUUUUUAAAAGAAGUGAAGAGCUUACAGAAGAGGGGCGAAUGGCUAAGCUGACCCUAAGAACUGUGAAUGAAAAAUGCAAUGAUGAAAAAGAAAACAAGAAAUUUUGUGAACAUGCUGUACUAUCACCAACACAGGAAACUCAAAGAGAUUCUUCCAAGAGUCCUGUCACACCAGGAAGUUUAAAAAACCUGAAGCAACAAAAGCUCAAUUUCAAUGAAUGUACAAAGAUGGAGUAUUCUCCUGUGGAACCAAAAGAUGUCAUUUCAUCCCCACCCACUAAGAAACAGAGACAGAGCAAUGCUGAAACUCCUAUUCAAGGUCAGAGACAGAAUUCCAGAAAAGGUUCAAGUAGUGCCAAAAAGAAUCACAGAAACAAUCCAGUGAAGAGUCCUGAUGUGCUGACACCACCUGACACUCCAUCGACCAUCAACAUGGGUGAUGUGCCGUCAGGCCGAUGGGGGCAUGACAUGUGUUUGAUUGACAAGAGGAAGGCUAUUCUAAUUGGAGGACAAGGAAACAAGCAACAAAUGGCAAAAGAUUCUGUUUGGACUUUGAAUUUGUCCCAAGGAUGCCCAUCUUGGCAUGAGGAGAGCUGCAUAGGAGGUGGUGCUGAUAGGCGAAUUGGACACACAGUCACGUAUAACCCAGAGAAGAAAGUGUUGUAUGUGUAUGGUGGUUCAAAAACAAAGAGAUGGUUUAGUGAUGUAAACAUUCUGGACUUGAAAACAAAUACCUGGUCAGCUGUUAAGGCUGUUGGUAAUGCUCCCACUAGAGCCUAUCAUAGCUGUAACUUGUUUUGUGGGGAGCUGCUUGUAUUUGGUGGUGUGUUUCCAAAUCCUGAUCCAGAACCUGAUGGCUGUAGUAAUGAGCUUUAUAUCUUCAACACAGGAUCAAACAACUGGUACAAACCAAUCACAAGAGGAACCCCACCCAAACCAAAAUCAGGUCACUCAGCAUCUUUAUUAGGUGACAGAUUGGUUAUAUUUGGAGGCUGGGAUUUUCCACAAUGUUACAAUGAUGUUUCAAUUAUUGACUUGGCAAUGAUGGAGUUUUCUAGUCCUGUUUUAUCUGGCACCCUUCCAUCACCUCGUAGUUGGCAUGCCUCAGCUGUUCUUCCCAGACAAAGGAUUUUCAUUCAUGGUGGUUAUGAUGGUGAACAGAUCCUCACAGACUCAUUUGUACUUGAGCUAGGAACUUUAACUUGGAUUACAGUUAAGACCAGUAAAAGCCUCACAGCAAGGGCAGGGCAUGUAGCUCUAUUUCUACCUGUGGAGGGUGAAGAAAAAGAGAAGGAAGAAAUUGCUGUGUUUGGUGGUGGUGACAAUGCUGGAGGAUACUUCAAUGAUCUAGUUGUCUUUUCACCCAGCACUUGUUAACAUUACAAUGCACCAGGCAACUUAUUGUGUCAGAAGAUUAUUAUGAACAUCAAGCUGUUUCUAAAGCAAUUAAUAAGAAGGAAAUAUUCAAGUGAAAGGGUUCAGUUUUCAGUUCAUAUUUGUUAUAACAAAUAGAUUAGUUGUGUGGUAGGAUUCUACUGCAAACUGUUAAAGAAAUUAUACAAUCUGUAGUGUUACAAAUAUAACAUAUGAUGUAUUUAUUGACAUUUUUAAGUAUUUCAUAACCAGACUAGUUAAAUAAGCUGAUCCAGGGUGAACAUUUUGAUGUAAUUUUGAUUGUUUUUUGUAUAUAGUGUGUCAGAGCUUUGUUUUGAGAAGCGUAAUGUUUUGAAGGCAAAGUUUUGAAUCUUGCAUCAAAUGUAAGGCAAAACUGGAGCUAACAAAAAAUCUGAGGUGUAAACCUCAGUAAACCUCAAAAACACGAAUUCA